GCCCAUUCAGUAGAACGCAAAGCGUCGUGAAUAGUAGACCAAGUAGAAUGGCAAGCGGAAUCACCUGCUAGUGAAAGUAGCCACAAAGUAAACAAAGUGAAAAGUGACUAAAAAAAACGGAGAACCAAUGGCGGUUUCUUGGAGCGUCAGGAGGAUCGGCCAAAUCCUGCUUGGUUGUGCUGCUUGGAUCGGAUUAGGCCAUGGUCAAGGACUGUCGGUAAUUGGACCAAAUGUAAUCCGACCGUACGCCCCAUUUACGGUAUCCUUCGCCAACUCCCUGUCUCGUAAUGCCCAGUUCGAUGUUGUGCUGAUGAACUCUAACGAUGAUUCGAUUCUCAACGAAACCAACGUCAUGGUACCCCGCAGAUCUGGAAAAUCUGCCUCACUUCAGGUGGGAAAUAUCCCCGAGGGUGAGUACAAAGUCCUGAUUAGAGGAAUCGACGCUGACGGUGAUUUCCAAGAAGAAGUGGAUCUUCACUACCACAGCAAAACGGAGUCCGUGUUUAUUCAGUUGGAUAAACCUGUGUACAAACCGGGCGAUGUUCUGCGGUUCAGAGUGGUCGUGGUCGAUGAGAAUACUCGACCUGCGACUAGCAUAAAGUCUGUGAGUGUGACUCUGUAUGAUCCCAGGGGAAACAUGAUAAAUCGUUGGCCGUUCGGGAUGUUGUACAAGGGAGUUUUCGAGUCCAGUGUGCAGCUUGCAUCGGCGCCUGAACUAGGGACGUGGAAUUUGGUUGUGACCACUGGAAGCAGCCAAAUCUCGAAAGAAAUCGAGUUGAAGGAGUACACGUUACCAAAAUUCUCCAUAAUAGUGCACCCUGCUGAGUUGCUGUUGGUGAAAGAUAAGCGAAUCAAACUAGACGUUGCAACUGCGUUCAUGUCGGGAAAUCAGGUGGAAGGGAACCUUGUGGUCGAUUUGUUCCUGAAUGAUAUCAAUAAGAGGAGACCUGACCACACCUAUUCCGGGCAUAUCAAGGCGCAAUCAACAGUUGAGUUCCAGUUGAAGGAGGAACUGGAAGUCGAUGGAGACAGUGACGUUACCCACGUUUUUGCUAGAGUUAGUGUGUUGGAGACAUUUUCAAACAAAACCGAAACCAUCGUGGAAGCCAUUCCUGUGUAUCGCAACAAAUACACAAUUUCGGUAGUCCCCUCGGAGCCGAUGUUUGAACCCGGGAAAAUGUUCACCUUGCAGUUUGCUAUCAAGGAUCAUUACGGAACGCCGGCUAGAGGUGGAAAGUUAGCAACAAUUGAAAUUUUAUUCGAUGGAGAUUAUUUUGAGGAUGGUGAGGAUGAGCUAGCUUUUGAACGCGAACCCGAUGACAUGGGUGUGAUUACGUUGAAAAUUGUUCCACCAAGUUCGGCAAUAUCGUUUCAAUUGCAGGUUAAGUAUGAAGGUUCAGAGUUUGAAGAGGAAAUAUAUGCGGCUCAGUCAUUGAGUCAUCAGUAUAUUACAGUGACAUUGAAUGAUAAAAGAUACAAAGUGCGUCCAAACAAGGAAGUGGUGUUUGAAGUAUCCUGCACGGAACGUUUCAAACAUUUUUCGUACACCUUUGUGGCGCGGGGCCGCAUCAUCGAUGCUGGGCACGUGAAUGUCAUGAACAAGAAAAAGUACUCCUUCCGGUACAAGCUGCUGGCCGAAAUGGCACCCCAAGCCAAGCUAAUAAUUUCCCACAUCAGUCGGGACUAUUUGAUUUACGAUGUGCUUCAUUUGGAUUUUGACGUUUUCAAUAAUGAUUUUGAAUUCUUCCUCGACAGCGAUAAUUACAAUCCGGGCCAGGAUGUCUACGUAGAUCUGCGUGCGGUGAAAGACUCGUAUGUGGCGUUUCACGGAAUAGAUCAGAGUGUUCUUCAUUUAGGUCACGAUGGUCACCUGUUCACUAGAGCCGACGUUUUUUCUGAACUAGAUCAAUACAGUGCAAUACACGUGGAUGAGCUGGACCCGUUCUCCACAUUGGGAUUGUUUUUACGGACGACCUCUGAAGUAGAUUCACCUUACGCUUACGUUCUCCAUUCCCGAUCCAGACGAUCCGUAGACAGUAGAAGGCCACAGCACGCAAUUCAGAUUCGAACAGUGUUUCCCGAAACAUGGUUCUGGCGCAACUACACCCUGGAUGGGCGAAGCACCUCAAUGACCAUCGAGUCGGUGGUUCCCGAUACGGUCACGUCGUGGCUCGUCACAGGAUUUGCCCUGAGCCCAACGCUGGGACUAGGAAUCAUAAAUCAGCCGCGUAUGUUCACCGUAGACCAGCCAUUUUACAUCGUUGCCAAUCUACCGUACUCGAUCAAACGUGAUGAAGUGGCAGUCAUUCGAGUGACUGUGUUCAAUUUUCUCGGAAGCCCGCUGACAACGAGUGUGACACUGUUCAACAAAAACAACGAAUUUGAGUUUGUGGAAAAAUCUUCAGGUGAUGACACCCGACGGACGAAAGCGGUUUUCGUUCCCGCGAACGAUGGCCACGCGGUUUCGUUCCUGAUCAAGGCUAGAAAGCUGGGUGAAAUUGCAAUUAAAAUCGAGGCCGUCAAUGCGCUGAAGGCAGAUUCCGUGGAGCACAUCCUGCGCGUGAUUCCCGAGAGUCAUCUGAUCCGGCGGAACGAGGCGAGGUUCGUUGAUCUUACGAAGCAGCGCUCGGCAAGUUACGAUAUCGCGAUCGAUAUUCCGCGGAACGUUGACGAGGGAUCGGUGUUUAUCAAGUUUACGCUUGAUCCUGAUUUAUUGGGGUGUGUCGUUAAAAAUUUGGAUUCCCUUAUACAGCUACCUUGCGGAUGUGGUGAACAAAAUAUGAUGAAAUUUGUACCGAACGUGGUGAUAUUAGACUACCUGUCGGAAACUAAGACAAUAAGCAAGGAAAUUGAAUCGAAGGCCAUUGAAAACCUAAAGAGAGGUUACCAAAAUCUGCUAAGGUAUAGAAACAGCGACGGAUCAUUUUCCGUGUUCCACGGAAGAAGUGGAGGUACUUUUUUGACGGCAUUUGUAGCGCAAUCGUUUAAAGUGGCUAGCAAGUACAUUAGUAUCGAUACGAACGUAAUCGAACAAGCUUAUCGUUGGCUAUUGAGUAAACAACAACCCGACGGUAGAUUUGUAGAGGUGGGAUCUAUUUGGUCUGCGGCAAUACAAGGAGGGUUACGAUCUUCCUGCUUUGCUCUUACUGCUUUUGUUCUGGCAGCUAUUUUGGAAGCCGGAAACGUCAGACUGCAAAAUGAGGCAAAAAUUCAAAAAACUAUCAAUUAUCUUACAUUCAACCUGCAAAACAUAGACAAUUCUUACGAUUUGGCACUCACUGCGUACGCGCUGUCUCUUGUACCAGAUCGUCGAAUUUCCAAACCAUUUCUUGACAAGCUUAUAGAGAAAUCGACUUAUGACGAAACUACCGGCACACGUCACUGGAACACCGCUUCAUAUGGAGUAGAAACGGCAGGUUAUGCGGUUUUGUCGUACAUUGCCCACGACAUGAUCGUGGAUGCCACUCCAAUAGUGCGUUGGUUAACUACCCAUCGGUACGGUGAGGGAGGUUAUCGAAGCACGCAGGAUACUUUUGUAGGACUAAAAGCGUUGGCACAGUUUGCCGCUAAAGCUUCCUACCAUAACAAUGACUACAGAGUCACAGUCCGACCGAAGGCGGAAAAAGUGUUAACCUUUGACGUCGAUAGCCACAAAUUGGCAGUUCAGGAACUAGAACUCGACAGUGCCACAAGGAAUGUGAACGUUCAAGUCACUGGCGUUGGAACCGGAAUCUUUCAAAUUUCCUACCAAUACAACCAGAACAUCAUCCACCGGCAGAGUAGCUUCAACUUGGAGGUCAAUGUUCUCCCAAACAGUACCUACUACCGUCAGGAACUCAGCGUCUGCGUUAGCUUCAUCGCCCGGGAAGCUUACCAGUACUCCAACAUGGCGCUGGUCGAAGUGUUCUUCCCCAGUGGUAUCGUGGCGGACGAAAGCUCCGUACGGGAUCUGUCAAUCGGAAGAAACAUCCAGAAGACGGAGCUUCGCUUCGGAGGAACCUCCCUCGUGGUGUACUACCUUCGCUUGAACGCCCAACCCAACUGCUUCGGAGUGACCGCCGAACGCCACUUCAAGGUUGCCCUGCAUCGUCCGGCGCACGUGGUCGUGUACGAUUAUUACGAUGAAGGAGAACACUCGGAUCGCUUUGCCAUCGCGUCCUACGAAGGAAAGGUGAUGCAGGUUUGCGAUGUUUGCGAGGAUGAGGACUGCGAAACGCUGUCGUGUCAAUAGAAGGUCUAGUCCCGAAGCUCGAUCAUUUGGUAGAAUAUAACAUAAUUUUUAAAUGAAUACAAACAUGCUGUAUGUUUAUCUGCUAAUUUUGAAUUAAAUGUGCUUUUAAGAUCCAGA